CCACCCCUGCACUACAGCCUUCUGAAAACGUCACUUUGAGGCGUCUGUCGAUACAUUAUUAAAUUUAAUUUAAAACUUGAAUAAGUUCAAGUUCCUGUAUAAUUAUUAAAACAAAAAAUAAUACAAUUUACUAUGGCGACCCUAGAAGACAAGAUUCUUGGCGAGAAGCUGCACAAUUAUUGUAGCAGCAGCGAAGACGAGGGCUCUGAUGAUGAAAGCCACAACAAUUCAGGUGAGGAAGAAAUCGCUGUGAAGAACUCUGAGGCAACAGGUGAAUUGCCUCCUGUCAAUAGUUGGUCAGGUACAGCUAGUAACACUGGACCAAAAGGGGUUAUCGAAGAUUGGAAGAGAUAUAAACAGUUAGAAGCUGAAAACCGUAAGGAAAUGGAAAUUGAGAAAAUUGCAUUAGCGAAAAAGCUCACCCUCUCAGUAAAAACUGUUAGAGAGGAAGAACAGGAUAAGGAAACUGAUGAAAUUGAGGACGAAUUAAAUGAACUUCUUGAUGAAGAAGUGCUUUUGAAAUAUCAAGAGAAGAGAGUGCAAGAGCUGGUGGCUCAGAUAAAAAAAGCUCUAAAAUUUGGUAAAGUUCUAACUUUAAAAAGCGAGGAAGACUUUUUGAAUUCCAUUGACAAAGAAGAUCCCAAAGUUUCUGUUAUUAUGCAUAUAUACAGCCAAGGAAACAUGGCUUGUGAAACAAUGGAUGCCUGCCUUAAUAUUCUUGCAAAUGACUAUCCAACAUUCAAAUUUUGUCGAAUAUCUGCAGACUGCACAUGCUUGAGUCGCCGAUUCCGUAUUGAUGGAGUACCAGCAUUAUUAGUUUACAAAAGUGGGCAAAUUAUUGGUAACUUUGUACAGCUAUCUUCAGAACUUGGGAAUGAUUUCUAUGCCAAGGAUGUUCAAAAGUUUCUUAUUGAAUAUGGCAUACUACCAGAACUUAACUAAGGACUGUCGGAUAAGACUCAAGUGCAUCUCUUAUAUUUAGGCUGUUAUUUAUAGAUAAUUACUUGUGAAUGUAUUUCAAGUGUUUUUGUGUGUAUAUUAUACUAUGAAUCACAUUAUUCAAUUAAUAAUGACUGCUGAUGAGAUGCAACUUAGCAACCAUGAGCACCAGUCAUCAAAAUAUGUAGCAGGCCUUAGGUGACCAUGCUGGCCCACUGAGUGUCAUUUGCACAUAAUACAUAAUUUCGUCCUAGUGUUUUUCACCACUGUAACUGCAAAAUAAUUGAGACACCAACAUGAAAUUAAAACUUUCUAUUGAAGUAAAAACUGAUUCAGUGGCCCAAUAACAUGAUGCAGUUUUUUUUAAUGAAAAUAAGGGAUGACACAAGCAGGACAUUCAGCUGAUGGUAAUUGAUACACCCUGCCCAUUACAAUGCAGUGCCACUCAGGAUUCUUGAAAAACCCAAAAAUGUUGUCUUGCAUUUGCACAGUAAUUUCACUAGCCCCUUCAGAGCAAAACUCAGUAAUGUUUACUUGUGGCAACCAUAAUCUAAUUGUGUUAAGUGUUGGAAUCAUCACAAAUUCACUACACACAAUUUUCAUCAAGAACAUACAGACUAUGCCUAAUUAUUUAUGUGUGUGUACAUACCAUCCGUAUGCUCUGGUGGUUACAGGCUGAAUAUGGCUGGGUCCCAGAUCUGUUAAAACAUGUUUUUUUUUUUUAAAUAACAGUGACUGUUGAAGUGUGUAUGUAGGGCCACCCUUUUACUUAUUUACUGUCUUAGAACAAAAUGGAAGUCUAUCCUACAUCAAAAUUUUUUUUGCCUAAACCUAAUGGGGGUUUUUCUUGUUAUCUAUGUAGUGAGUACAUUGAAAUGUGAUAUAAAUAUUAUUCUUUUAUUGCAAUUUGGUUUGAGCUGUUGGUCUUGUUACCAAUGCUCUAAAUAAUUAAAUUAGCUUAUUUACUGUUAUUUGUACACCCUAUUCUGUUUUGUAAUGGAAGAGAAAAGAUGUCACUAAGUGCAGAUACAGAACUGCUUGUUGAAUAUAUGCCAUGUAUUUGAAGAUUGAGUAGUAAACAAGCUUGUAAGUGAAUAGUUUGUUCGGAACAGUGCUACAUGUGUAGUUGUAUCUCAUUAUACUACACCUGUGUUACAACUCAGUAUAAUGUAAUGUCACUUAUAUGGGCAAAUAAAUUAGAUAUAUGCAAAAAAAUUGUUGAGCAAAUUCCUCCAUCCAAUAAAAUGUGAGAAUGCUUAAGAUAACUUAAUAGUGGAGUAUUUUAUUUAAUUUACUGAUAAAAUGCAUGUAAGGACAAACAAACAAAUUAUUCUGAAAGGAAAAACUGAAAUUCUUGUUUUGUUUAUUUUUGUUACAAUUCUUAAUCUAAAGUAAAUUGUUCUUAUCAUUGUGAAAUAAACUAUGCUAAAUUCUUA